CUGAUCCUCAGUCCAGUGGUGUCCUCACCACUGCUGGUUUCACUGGCCGUCUUCUCUCCCUGGUCUGCAGUCUCUGGUCAUCUCCUGUACUAUGUCUGCAGUCUCUGGUCAUCUCCUGUACUGUGUCUGCAGUCUCUGGUUAUCUCCUGUCGUACUUCUGCAGUCUCUGGUCAUCUCCUGUACUAUGUCUGCAGUCUCUGGUCAUCUCCUGUACUGUGUCUGCAGUCUCUGGUCAUCUCCUGUACUAUGUCUGCAGUCUCUGGUCAUCUCCUGUACUGUGUCUGCAGUCUCUGGUUAUCUCCUGUCAUACAUCCGCAGUCUCUGGUCAUCUUCCGUACUAUGUCUGCAGUCUCUAGUCAUCUCCUGUACUAUGUCUGCAGUCUCUGGUCAUCUCCUGUCGUACAUCCGCAGUCUCUGGUCAUCUUCCGUACUAUGUCUGCAGUCUCUGGUCAUCUCACGUACUAUGUCUGCAGGCUCUGGUCAUCUCCUGUCAUACAUCCGCAGUCUCUGGUCAUUUCCUGUACUUUGUCCGCAGUCUCUGGUUAUUUUCUGUAGUAUGUCCACAGUCUCUGGUCAUCUCCUGUACUAUGUCCGCAGUCUCUGGUCAUCUCCU